AUGGACCAUCAGAAUACUCAGGCAAGACAAGGUGACCAGGCCAGGAGGGAACCCCCAGUAUCAACUGCUUGGAAUCCGUUGUACCGUGGUUCCCAAAACCCCAGGGGAUUCAAAAAUCCAAAAAACCUUUGCUAUCGGAACUCUGCCCUACAAUUACUGUUACAUUCUCCACUCUUGGCCAAUUGGAUGGCAUAUUAUCGCGAUAGCCCGGAUCAUAACUGCAACUCAAAAGACGCAUGCUUUGUUUGUCUUUUCCACCAUCUCUUUUUUACAUUCCGGCGAGGAGAACAGUCGAAGGAUGAUCAUGAAAAAGCAUUAGAGCCAGUCUGGGAGAAAAUGUUGAUCGGAUCAUGGAUUGAUAUUGAUAGAAACCAGCAGCAGGAUGUGCGUGAGUUUAUCGAGAAGUUUUUCAGGCAGAUAUAUAACGAGACCGACGAAGUGAUGCAUACCAGUCACUCGGAGUUGCACAAGUUCCUGAUGAUUCAAACAAAGAAGCGCUUUGAGUGCCAGACAUGUGGUAGGAACACAAUGUCGUUGCAAACGGAUCAGCAAUUCAUCCUAGUUGCCACGUUUCCCGAUGGUUAA